GUAUUAUUAAGAGGAAUUAUUUAUUUUUCUCUUAAGAGAAAAAAAAAAAAAGUUAUCAAGAACUGAAGCAACGCAUUAAAAUCUAUUAAGUAAAGAUAAAAAAGGAUGGAUUUUUUUGAGCUACGCUACAAACCUGCUGCAUUACAAAUGUUGUUAUUUUGUUUUAUACCUUUCACUUAUUCAGUAAUACAAGAUUUCAUGACUGAUAAUGUUAAUGUCAUUUGUCCACAAAUCGAUGAUUCUGUUAUAAGUGGCUUUUAUAAUCGCAUUGUAGCUUGUUCUUUUAUUGGACCUGGUUGUAGCUAUACAUUACAAGGUUUUUUCAAAAGCACAGACACUCCAGUUGAAAACUUUAAUAAUAUUUCUUUAAAUCUACGUCAUGGAGAUGGAUAUAUUUACGGAACUGAUGGUGUAUUCAGUAUGAAUAUUAAUGGAAGUUUCUUUUCAGAUAUACAAAAUUUUGAUAUCUAUUUAACUUUGGCUUAUUACUUACAAAAGGGAGUGUAUACUUUAGGUGUGUCUGACAUUUCAACCUACAACCUAACAAAUAGCAUUUCUUCAUAUAAAUGGAGUGAAUUAAAAGAAAGAUAUACUAUAACUAAAAAUGAUUUUAAUAUAACUAUUAAUGGAUCAGGUGGGUUCAUUGUAUUUAACAAUCUUUGCAUUUAUCAAGUUUGUUCAAAUGGUUAUGAAUUCAAUCCUAUAUAUAAUCAAUGUGAAGGUACGUUGCAGAGCCAUUACUUACGUCAAAUAGAUGAAAAUGGUCGCAGUUCAAUUUUGAAACUCUCCGUAGGUGAUUGGUGUGUCUUUAAUUAUAAUGCAUCAGAAUUUCCUGGAAAAGUAAAAGAAGCUAUGCUGAAUCAAGUUUUAGAAUCCACAGUUGAAAAAAAAUUGUUUCGUAAUUCAAGGGUUUUGCCAACUAAAGCUGAUGUGAUGCUUUACGAUAAAAGACAAGUUCUUAAAAAAAUUGAUCCUCGUCACUUAAUGGUUCAAAAACCCGAACAUUUAUGGUUUGAGCAAUCACACUCAUGCAAAGAACCCUUGCAAACAUGCGAUAGCGGAACUUUAGAUAUUAACAGAGAUUAUGGAAAAAUUUCUAAAGAAUUCUAUGGAAUUCCUAUAGUCCAUAUGUCAUUUCCGCCAAUAAAUCGUCCAACUAGGAUGACACGAUAUUCAUCAACUCUUAUUGAUAAUAUUGUUUCAACAGACAUUUUAAAUUACAGCAUUCAAACAGAAAGAAAUCUGAUUGAAGAUAAUGACAGCAAUGAUCGUAAGCUACUUGAAAAACGAACAAAUCUGAAACAAGAACAAAUUACUAAUAUAUGCACACACCAUCAUGAUAUGUUAAUUGUAAGAUAUGAGGAGUUUACUGCUAAAUGGAACUUUUUUGCAACUAGUCACGGUAAGCAACCUUGUGAUAGGAUAGGUGGUACAGUCAAACGUUUAGAAACACUAGAAAGUUUGCAAAGAGAUAUGGAACGAUUGGAUACUGCUAAUACAAUACCUGGAACACGUAGUUACCAUCAGUUUGUACCACUUAGCCAUCAAAAGGUAGGCACUAAGCAAUGCAGGGUUGAUGAAGAAAUUGCUUUAACUCAUGAUUUUGGUAAUAUCCAUAUAACAACUGUAAACCUAGUACCAGGAGAUUAUGCAUGUGUUUCCUAUGAGCGAAAGUGGUGGAUAGGAGUCAUUGAAGAUAAUAAUUUAAAAGAAAAAGAUGUGCUUGUUAAAUUUGUGUGUCCUAAUAGUCCUGCACGUUCGUUUUGGAGAUAUACAGAAGGAGUUCAUGAGGCUCUAUUAUAUUUUGUAUUAUAUCCAAUGGUAUAUUAUGGAGGCUUUAUUAAAUUUUCAUAUGUAUUUUAUACAAAGGAAAAGGCAUAUCCUAUUAUUCUAUAUACAGAUGACAGUAAAAACUUUUAUAAAUAUAAUGCUGAUAGUAAAGUUUCAUUCAAUGAUGGCAUGUAUUUUAUUGAAUCAUAUCUGAAUUAUAAUACAAUAAUCUCAAAUUACAAACCUGAUCUCGGUUUUCCUAUUUUUGUUAAACAGUUUUUUCCAAAAACUGUACCAUAUUAUGAUGUGUUUUUUAGCGAUCAACGCUAUACUGAUUCAUUGGCAAUAUUAGUAUUACUUAAAUUUGCUAAUUUACCAACUAAUUUACAAUCAUUUUACUGGAUCUCAUGCGAUGUAUCAAUAGAUGAUCUUGAUGGGUGUUCGACAGGAUGGAUUUUGAAUCAAUAUAAAAAUGGUUGUGUUGAUUACAAUGAGUGUAAUAACACAAAUCAAUGUUGGAAUAACAGUGUUUGUGAAAAUACAUUAGGAAGUUACUUGUGUUUAUGUAAUAAUGGUUGGGUUUUAAAUAAAGAUAACACUACCUGUGUCGAUAUUAACGAGUGUGAUAACUCUCAUCAUUGUUGGAAUAACAGCGUAUGUAAAAAUACGAAAGGAAGUUAUGUUUGUUUAUGUGAAAAUGGAUGGCUUUUGGGUAAUGAUAAUGCUAGCUGCAUUGAUAACAACGAAUGCGUCACUACAAAUUUGUGUUCUUGGAAUAACAGCAUAUGUGAAAAUACAAUAGGAAGUUAUUUGUGCUCAUGUAUAGAUGGAUGGGUUUUGGACAAUAAAAAACAUAGCUGUGUGGAUAAAAACGAAUGCACAACCUCAAAUCCAUGUUAUUGGAAUAAUAGCAUAUGUGAAAACUCUAUGGGAAGUUAUUUGUGUCUAUGUGCAAAUGGAUGGGUUAUGGGCAAUGAUAACGCUAGCUGUGUUGAUAACAAUGAAUGCAUAACCUCUAAUCCCUGUUUUUGGAAUAACAGCUUAUGCGAAAAUACACUUGGAAAUUAUUUGUGCUCAUGUGAAAAUGGGUGGUUAUUGGGUAAUGACAAUGCUAGCUGUAUUGAAAUACCUCAAAAUACAGGAAAUGAAACAGCAUCUGUUAUUGCUGCUGCAACUUUGGUCCCUUUGUUGGUUGUUUCUGUCAUACUUUUAGUUGUUUUAAGAGUUCAAAGAAAUAAACAUAUUAAACUCAGACAAGCACAGAGCUCAUUUCAAUACAUUUAUUCAAACUCUGACGAAUAUUACAAACUUGCACCUGAUGAAUGGAAAAUUUCUAACAAAAAUAUUGUUUUGGAUCGAAAAAUUGGUGAAGGAGCUUUUGGAAAUGUUUUUGUUGCUAAGAUCAAUUCAAAUGUUCUUGCUAAAACAAGUUAUUUAAAAAAAUGUAAUUAUAAUGGUCUUUCUCAUAAAUGUAUUGAUAUUGGUUCUGAUGUUAAUGUUGCAGUUAAAAUCUUAAAAGAUAGUGCAAAUCAAUUAGAGUUGAAUGACUUUAUUGAAGAAAUAAAACUGAUGAAAGAAAUUGGAUAUCAUAAGAAUAUUAUCAAUAUAAUUGGAUGUUCCACAAUCAGAAAGUCUUUAUCUUUAAUUGUUGAGUUUAUGCAGGAGGGAGAUUUGUUGCAUUUCUUGCGAAAUAAGCGUACCAAAUUGUGCAUGCCAAAGCAAGAUUUAGAUCCGGCUGGAAACUUUGUUUACACUUCGGAUUAUCAAAAAGUUAUUGAGACAAUAAGAAACUUACCAAAUGAGAUUCCUCUUGUGGAAAUGGGUACUUUAACGCCUAAUGAUUUGCUUCGUUUUGCAUGGCAAGUGGCAUCUGGAAUGGAAUACCUUGCAUGUUUAAAGCUUGUUCAUCGAGACCUUGCAGCCCGAAAUAUAUUAGUGGGUGGUGAUAAAAAUCUAAAAAUAUCUGACUUUGGUUUGACACGGAGAGUAAAUGAUGAUUUGUACAUGGGAGGUAAAUCGCGUCGUUUACCAGUCAAGUGGAUGUCAGUUGAAGCGUUAUUUGAUCGCACUUUUACAUCAUCUAGUGAUGUAUGGUCAUAUGGUAUUGUUUUAUUUGAAAUUGUUACAUUAGGAGGAACACCAUAUCCUACUAUUACCAAUAAAGAACUUUUGAUACUCUUAAAGACUGGAUACAGGAUGGAUCGUCCAGAAAAUUGUUCUGAGCCAAUGUACGAUAUUAUGCUACGCUGUUGGAACGAAGAUCCGUCACAGCGACCAUCGUUUACAGCGUUACGCGAGUUAUUCAAUAAAAUAUUAUCAGCAGGUGAUUCAUAUGUUAACUUGAAUACCAAUGAAGAUAAUAGUAGUUAUACUUUAGGCUCUUCACACAACAGCUUAAAUGAAGCAAAAGACCACAUAGUGGAAAUAUGAAUAUUUCGAAAGCUCGGUUUAGAUCUUUAUUCUGUCAGUUGACGUAAUAAAUAUAAGUUGGAUACAACUUUAUACAUUUUAUUGCCACUUUAUUUAAAAAUUUUGUAUUUGUUUUUACAAGGAUUGUAUGUGCAUGGAAUUUCAUUCACAUUACAAAUUAAUGUUUAUAGUAAAUUUAAAACUUUCA